GAGACCCCCCCCCCCCCAACACACACAUACAUCCUAUACCGUCCAGUCCACCAAUGGAAAACCCCGUAGUGAAUAAUCGAUAGAGGCUUCCAGCACCACGGACAGCGCCGGUUUCACCGCCGGUGAUUUUGUGUUGAUUUCAGCUCCUUCGCGCUUAUGGUGUAAACAGAAAAAUAGACCUAUUUUUCGUGUGCGGCAAUUUUCAACACAUUAGUCCAUUUUUGCCGCAAUGUGUUAAAAACAAAAUAACUGCCAGAGUCAACGAAAAACGCGUUGCUUUUAUGGGUUGUGUGUGCGUGUGUCUGCGUAUGGAAGGAAGCACUUUAAUUAAACUGAAAGAUGACCCGCAAGUACCAACCUCAGAAUAUAGAACGCACAGACAGAUGCUCUGUCUCUUUUGCACACACACACACACACACACACACACACACACACACACACACACACACACACACACACACACACACGCACGAACACGCACACAGCUCUUGACCUGAGCUCUUGGGCCUGCUGGGGAUCCAUGGACGGAAGUUUGUAAUACAGACAUUUCUUGUGUCAUUUUCACAAUGGCUUUUCAUUUCAGGCAUUUUAUGGACAAUACCUAAAAGAUACUGGUAUUUCCAGAUGGUUGUGAAAACACUGAGCCUCUCAGGUAACAGAGGACACUUUAUCGCAGUAUUAAUGUGGGGUGCCAAAAGGUCCUCGUCUCAGACCAGAGUCACGCCAGCUAUGACAGGGCGAUUUGUGUUUGUGGUUUCCAGAAAUGGGAAAUAUACAUGAAAUAACUCAUGGGUUUGACGUUUAGUAGUUUUAAGGUUUUGUUUUGAGAAGAAAAGCGUUUUUGGUCUGAAUGUUGUUAUCUUGAUAGCUGUGAAUAAAGCAGCUAAGAGUCAACUCAUACUUGAUGGGAGGGAUAGUUGUAAAAAGGCUGCAGUGGAAGAAGAAUAACAGUCUGUGAUAAGAGAGGAAUCUUGUGUCUAUUGUGUGUGUGCAUGAACAGUCUAUUGAAACUUUACAAAGAAAUCUCCAGGUUUGCUGUUGUUGCCGACAAAAAUUAGAGCGUCCAGUCUCAAUGGGAGUAUGAGAGAAGGUCACCUCAAGUAAGCUCAGUUAAGUGGUUUAUAAGUUGUACAUAUAUCCUUCACAUCCUUCUAAUUAGAGAGGGCAGCAUUCAGCGAGUAACGUAAAAAAAAAAGUCAGUGCCAAAAAAGAAGGGAAAACAGCCUGUGAACCAAAACCAACUGCAAACGUUUGCAUUUUUAUACAGCUUGUGCUGUUGUUUUUGAUUUGGAACCUGUACAGCUACUAUACAUGAUUCAAUUCACAUGUGAGCAGAUUUCCUGAAAUGUAUAUUUUUACUUUUGGUAUUUUGAAAGUUGAAGUGCAAUACAACAGUACCAGUUCUAAUAAUAACUAUCGCACAGAAUUAGAGCAACAAAGUGUACUGCUUUGGAUUCCAUAUGGCUUUCCUGUUAUUUUAUCCACCUCAAUUAUAAUGUGUUAUAACCAGACAUAUAUUAUUUGACAAACUUAUUAUAAUAUGUAUUAAUUCCGACUCUGUUGUUCAGUGUUAUUGUUCGAGAAAGAAAAAAGAAAUGUGUUUGUUUUAAAAGAAACAAACAUAUCAAAGCUUAUGGAUAGGAACGAUUCUGGUGUGCGUUUUAUUAUUGUUGUUCUGAAAGUUUGAAGUCAGAGAGUUUGAAAAGAAUACAAGAGCGAAAGUAUUAUAAGUUUGCCACUGUAAAGAAUAAUUAUGUUAUAGUACCUGCCUGAAUGAAAAGGCAACAGGCAGACACAAUGCAGCUUUGAUAAUGUUCCUGCUAGCUCGCUCUUUUAUGGGGAAAAGGAAAGAUCUGUCGUAGUUUGUCUCUAAAUAAUUUCCCAUUACACAUGGAAGGCUUACAGCGUUUGUACCAUCGUCCUGAACUGGUUUAAUUUUCCAUUGAAAACAAUAGGCAUCGCUAAUUGAUUUUAAUGACUCUCUCCGCCACGAUGAGCCCCUUAUGACUUGGAGAGAGGUCUUUAAGAUUAUUAUUAUUAGUAUAAUUGCCAUUAACCGACACUUUCCUUUUUCAAAUGGGAGACAGAGAAAGAAUAUCUUUGCCCUUGAGCUAAACAAAUAAUUAUUAGAGGAAGGAACAAACAGACGACCGUCACUCACACACGCGCGCUCACACACACACACACACACACACGCAGAAACGCUCCACCUUUGAGUGGACCCCCUCCUGGCGACCCUCAUUCCCUCCGCCGCCCUCUUCGUGCAGUGUGCCGCUUGUAAUUUAUGCAAAAUUAAUUGAUACAUCUUUUAUAAUUGAUGUGCUGUAAACUUAAUGAGUAAUUUAUGUAAUUAGUCAAUUAAGGAUAAUUCCAGCAUAUGUUCCAUAUGCCCAGAAGGUGUGCUUUACAACUAGUUAUUUGUCCAGGAGUUGGGUGCAGACGAAGACUGCCGUAGACUACCUAAUUAAUUUUGUUAUGCAGAUCAGCCACGGUGUCUAUUUAACGGCCCCCUUUGUGAAAACAGAUUUAAUAUUGAUCUUUCCCGGGCGCUUAAAGAGGAUGCUUUUACCCGCGUUGGCCUCUGAGGGCCUCUGAGUUUAAAAACUCAUUUUUCAGGUGCCAGAAAAAUAUUUUUGCAAACAAAACAAAACAAGCACCCCCCCCUCCCCCUCCCCAACAAAAAUAAAAAUAAAUCACACGCACAACGAGAAGUUUUUUCAUUUAGAGAAGAAUAAAUAUAAAUGUUCACCCUUUGUCAGGCACAUGGUGUCUCUAAAAUAUGCUCUCCGUCGACACACUUAACCUUUUGAGUGGGCUUGAAGGCCUGAGACAUAACGGGAGAGACUCACCGGCUAAUUAAUUGACACAGUUUUGAAUAUUCAUACCUAAUACAAGGAGCUUGCCCUUAAUUACAUUGUUGGACUUCUCUCCUAGGAGCCUAAGGCUUAAUUAUUGUAAUGUAUUCGGGGCCCCGCCGGAGCACCAAGACAGGAGCCGUCAAGGACCCAGUCAUGACACCUGGCUAAAAGAAUCUAUGGGAAGAGGAGCAGCUUUUGUUGUUCUCCGCUGAGCAGAAUUCAGAGCAGGGGAUGGAGUUUGUUUACAUCCUUGUAGGAUUCACAGGAGAGUGUUUGAACAGACAGACAGCCGCCGGACUCCCCUCUCAGCAAUUAAUCAACAACAGCCUCCCCUCCCUCUCCUCUCGCUGUCUGCGUGUGUUUGUGUGUGUGCACACAUGUGUAGUUGAGGGGAGGCAGAGGAGUACUGCACUGAUGAUUGUGCGCAAAGGCAGACAUGAUUUAUUGUUUCCAAAGUCUGAAAGUGCAAUCGAGCAAAUUUUGCAAAGAGGUUGUAUUUACAAAUCCCAUUCUUUACUAUGUACUUCCUCACAUAAGAAAGUUUGCUAUGGGCGAUUUAAAUUGACAUUCUUUGGCAUAUAUCAAUCAUCUUAUCUCAGCACCUUUUCAUUCAUAUUAAUAGGCACUGUAUGAUUUCCAAAAGGUUGAUGACACAGAAAUAUUUAUAAUGAGUCGGCAUGUGUGUGCAAGAUACAAACUGACUGACUGCUAUUUUUGACCAAAGAGGUCAAAGGUCGGUUCCCAUACAGUCAGGGAAAUAAGGAAUGGAGGCAUUGCAAGCAUUUCCCCUUAUUGGUUGAGUAAUUAAAAGCAGUCACUGGUUAUUUUCCAGUCCUUGUUUAUCAGGAAUCUUUGAUCGGCAAACAGGAGAUAAAAAGGGUCUUGAACGCACCACCCACCCCUCCUUUUUCAUUUCUUUACCCGUCUUUCUGUCAGUAUCUCUCUCUCUCUCUCUCUCUCUCUCUCUCUCUCUCUCUCUCUCUCUCUCUCUCUCUCUCUCUCGCUCUCCACACACACGCGCCUAAAGAGUCCUCUGCUCUCCCCUGACGUGUCCCCUAAGUGUCUGGAUAACAGAUAACACAGCCAGCGACCUGCGGGGGUCUUACAAAAGCAGCACUCAAAGGGUGGGAGCAUCGCACAAGAGGAGAGGAACACACGCCACACACAGACAGCGACGCAAAGUGGCCCCUCGCAUCUUUCAAGCGCCGUGGAAACAGAGAGGACCUCUUAACUUUUACGCACAGACACUGCCGUUUUACGCACGACACCGAGAGCAAAUUUGGACAGGGAACAGUCUGUAGAAGAAACCUUCUUGGGAUGCAGCAGCUUCUCGCGGAUCUUACCUGACAGCGGCGGGCCUUUACAACCCACAACUCUUACUCCAAGACAAUUUACCAGCUUCUGAUCGAAUGGCCAAGAACUUUGGAACAGAUCCGUCAGAUGGAGACUGAUAUGGAAACUUGGAAGACAGCCUGUUGCAACAUAUAGUUCAAUAUAUAUCUUUAAAAACGCUUUUAUUUGGCAACUCAUACUUGUAGAAAAUAACAAGCAGUCAUGCCUCGACCGGGGAAGAACUCUUACAGCGACCAGAAGCCCCCAUAUUCCUACAUAUCACUGACAGCCAUGGCUAUCCAGAACUCAUCCGAAAAGAUGCUGCCUCUGAGUGACAUCUAUAAGUUCAUCAUGGACCGCUUUCCGUAUUAUCGAGAGAACACCCAACGAUGGCAGAAUUCCCUGCGACACAACCUCUCCUUUAACGACUGCUUCAUCAAGAUCCCCCGACGGCCCGAUCAGCCCGGGAAAGGCAGCUUUUGGGCUCUGCACCCGGACUGCGGGGACAUGUUUGAGAACGGCAGUUUCCUGAGGAGACGGAAGCGCUUCAAGGUGCUGCGGGCUGAGCACAUGGCCUGCAAGAGCUCUCCGAUGAUGCAUUACUUUCACCACCACCACCACCACCACCAGAGCAGCAAGAUGGGCACAGUAUCCGGCCACCAUGACCACUCAGCCGGCCCGGCGAGUGCCGUGGGUCGACUCCCCCCCUUCCAGGGUUACGGGGGCAUUACUUGCGCACAGUCCGGCGGGUUUAAACACCCAUUCGCCAUCGAGAACAUUAUAGGACGGGACUAUAAGGGUGUGAUGGCCAGUGGGCUGCCACUCACCUCGGUCAUGCACCACCUGGGUUACCCUGUGCCCCCGCAGCUCAGCAGCGUGGUCAACUCCAUGUGGCCACACGUCGGGAUGCUGUCGGAGUCCAUGGGUGGUGUCCACGUGCCCGCAUCAUCCGAUUACGUGCCCUUCGGCGUGUCGGCAAAGAGCCUGUACCAUAAUGCCAACGGGCAAACCCUGCCCGCCGUGCCCGUGCCAAUAAAACCCACCCCGUCCCUUGGUCCCGUGCCCAGUCUGACGGGGCUGCAGACCGGCCCGAACCAGCUCUGCUCCCCGGUCUCAGGGAUGGAGAAAGGCGAUCUGCUGGAGGGGAAAGGCAACCCUCUUCACCCGGCUCUCCUGCUGUCCUAAUCGGGUAAAUUGCGGAACAUUUUUGAAAAGUUACACAAACAAGAAGGACAUUGUUAUUGCAUGAAGUAAGAGAGAAAAAUGCAUAUCAGCAGCAUCAUAGUUUAAGUUGGAUGCAGCUAUAGAGGAGUUAUGAAACCUAAGGAUAACGUUGUGCUAUGUAAUGUAUUUUUUACUAAACCCAUGUUGAUUGAAAUUAUGAUUUAUUUGCACAAGUUGUGAGGGCAUUUACCACAUACUGUAAUGUGGCACUGAUAAAUACAAUCAGACUAGAUAUGCUGAACCCAAAGAAAGCUUUGAUCGAAGAGACAAACAGUCUAAAAUGAUUCCCAGAUGCAAACUCUCAUGAACUCUGUUUAUUUAUUGUUUGCUCUUAUUCUAUUUAUUCGUAAUCUAUUGCAGGCCUAUUGACUAAAGACAAAUAGGCCUUGAUGUUUUUUAAUUAGGCCUGUUGCACUUUUUUGUGUGUUACUUUGCAGUAAUUUGAAAAUGUAAUGCUUGUAUUAUAAUACUAUUUAUCUGAAAAUAUUCAUAAAGAACUUAAAAUCAAA